AUGGAUCCCAAGGAUAAUACAGUCACUCAAUUGGAAGAUAUGAAUUCCGACCGGUCGGCCUCUAACGAAGAAGCCUUCCACACAAUUUCCAGGAUCAGAACUUCAGGAACUAAUAAUGAAAUUGUUCACAUUGGAGAUAUUAAAGUGCAUAGACAUGAGUUCAUUGAGGCGUUUGGUAUGAGCGCUGGUAUUCGUGAAGCCCCGACCCGAAAGUUUGGUAAUGCUUCAGUUCUUGGAUUAUGUGCUUUCUCACUCACCACUUUUGUACUUGCAUUGGUAAAUAUUAAUGCCAGAGGCGUAACAGUCCCCAAUAUUGUGGUGGCCUUGGCAUUUUUCUAUGGUGGUAUGAUUCAAGUUAUUGUGGGUAUGUGGGAGAUUGUUGCUGAAAACACAUUCGGUGGUUGUACAUUUGCUUCUUAUGGUGCUUUCUACUUGUCGUAUGGAGCCAUUAGUACCCCAGCAUUCGGAAUCCAAGCGGCAUAUGGAGAAAAUAUCGCAAUGUUAUAUAAUGCACUUGGAUUCUACUCGACAGGUUGGUUCAUCUUCAGUUUCCUCAUGCUCAUCUGUACUAUCCGAUCAACCUGGCCACUAUUCCUGAUGUUUAUCACCAUUGCAGCAUCUUUCUUGUUAAAUGCCAUUGGUUACUAUUCCGCUAACACCACUUGUAUCCAUGCCAGUGGUGGCUUUUCUUUUGCUACUGCUGCCUUUGGUUGGUAUAUGGCAAUGUCCUUUUUGUGCACAAACGAGACUACUUAUUUCAGAAUCAGUCCUCUAUUUAUGCCUGGUGCCCAACAUGUUCCCAAGGAUGAGGAGGCUAACUAA